CUCAUCCACAUCUACCAGGCAUCAGCUCGAAAGCUCAGCACAUCACAGGCCAGCCCAAGCAGCGAUGCCAGCGGUGGCGUCCCUUUGGGCGCCGCCCGCGGCUGCCCGGCGGCGGAGGUUCUCCCCCGUGGUCUCGUCCUCGCUGCGCCGGGUCGCGUCGGGCGGCGGGUCUAGCUGGCGGAGCGAGCGGCGGCUCAUGUCGGAGCUGGAGCGCACAGUGACAGCGGGCGCGACCGAGCGCGUCAUCCGCAGCUACGUCGGCACCAAGUCGGAGCGCGCCGCGCUCGCCGCGCUCUCCAGGCUACUCAUGGACUCCGACCCCCUCGCCAUCCCGUUCUACGAGGCGGUCACACAGGCACGGUGGUUCAAAUGGAGCUCGAUCCACGCAGCUGCAGUCGCCGCCUUGCUCGAAGCCAACGGACGCGCCGGAGAAUCCAGGUCCCUGAUCGCCGACUCCGUCUCGCAGCACCUCCAGCAGUCGACCGACGAGGUAGCCCUCUUCUACUGCGACCUCAUAGCGGCGUUCUCCUCGCGCGGGCUCAAGGACCGGGCGACGGAGUUCCACAUGGAGCUACGGUCCAUGCCGCCGCUCUCCGGGCGCAAGGCCUACGCGGCGAUGGUCAAGUCCCUGUGCCUGCUGGGCAUGCCGGCCGAGGCCGAGGCAGCGCUCAGGGAGAUGGUCUCGCGAGGGCACCGGCCCGAGGCGGCCCAGUUCGGGGCCGUCGCGAGGUGCUACGGCAGGGCCGGCUCACCGGCCGACAUGGAGCGGGUCAUCGCGUCCAUGGCGGACGCCGGCGGCAUCCGCCUCGGCGCCGGCGCGGCGGAUGCCGUGCUGUCGUGCUACAGCGCCUGCCGCGACCACGCCAGGACUCUGGCGUGGCUGAAGAGGAUGCGGAAGCUGCGCGUCGCGGUGACCGCGAAAGGCUACAACUUGGUGCUCAACUCGUGUCCGUCGCUCGCUUCGGUGGUGCGGGAGCUGGGCCCUGAGCUUCCGCUGUCGACGGCCGGGCUGGUCGGGUGGCUCAGGUCUGCGUCGACAACACCGGCACCGGCAGCGGAAGUGGAGGUGGUGCGGGAGCUCCUGGCGUCGUCGGCGUCGGUUCUGGACAGGGCGAUGGAGUGGUCGGAGGCCGAGGCGAAGCUGAACCUGCACGGGUUCAGCACGGUUGCAGCCUACGUGCUGGUGCUGCAGUGGGUGGACGCGGUGAGGGGCCGCGCCCGCGCGUUGCCGUUGGAGGUGUCGGUGGUGUGCGGCGUUGGGAAGCACAGUGACGUCCGAGGCGAGUCCAGAGUGCGGGAGCUGGCGCAGGAGGUGCUGGGACGGAUGGGGAGUCCCCUGAAGCUGUCGGCGAGAAACAGAGGGCGGCUCGUGGCGAAGCGAGACCGGGUGGAGCAGUGGCUGGCCAGCUUGCCGGUGCCUGAGGACGGCACAGACCCAUCGCCUGAUGCAGCAAACGAAGAACCAUUUGUAUUUGCACUUUUCAGAAAACUUGGGCAGUUUUUUUCCAACCUUAUGUAGAUAGAUGUUGCUGCCCCCAUCACACCAGCAUCGAUCGAAAGAGCUGGCCUGGUGAAUGAAUCUGUCUCGAACGAACUGACUGAUGGCCUAGUGUGUUUGCUUGGCUUUGGCGCCGUAUGCAAAUCUGGUGAAUGAAGCAGGCAGCGCAUUUGCCUGCCUUUGGCACAGGAUAGC